GGGGCUGGACGGCCAGGGGGGGCAUUGCAAUGCGGGGAUGGAUGGCCGGGGGGCUGCUGCUGUGCAGGGCCCUGCUGGCCCCGGCAGCGGGGCCAGCGCAAGCACCCACACCAGCGCCUCCGUUUCGCAGGGUGGAUAUUGCUCUGGGCUGCUCCUAUGUGGGCGAAGGUGUAAGAGGCUUGCUGCGUGCUUUCAGUGCCUUAUCCUCCGAGCAUCCUGCCACCCUCGUGCUGAGGGGUAUCCGCGUCAGAGAUGAUGGGAACUUGGAUGAUGUAACUGAGUACAAAGUCCCACAGGAAAAUCCUGACUCUCCCAUUGUCUUUGAAGCCUCAGCCCAGUUGAUAUCCAUCCCACACACAGAGGCCCUGCUGCAGGGGGAGGAGGUGACCUGUGAGAUGUCCCAGUACAGCUCCCAGCAGGCUAGCGAGGGGCCCUGCCCUGCCUCCUGGUUCAUGGCCACCCUGCGGCUCUCCAGCGGGAUCAGUAUCGCCCUGGUGCUCAGAGGACUCCACUGCAGCAGCCAGGAGGAGGAGAAAGAGCACGACACAACACUGCACCCAAAGCUGAAGAUACCUAUGAGCAAGGAGGGGACAUUGUUGACUACAGUUGAAUUUCAAUCGUCUUCACGCAACACUUGCCUGCGCACACAUCUUGGCAGCUCAGUCACCCUUGACUGUCGCUUCGCCUUGGCUACCAGCUCCUCACUGUCCUCCCUGGAGUGGAGGAGGCAGCAGCAAGGUAGUGGCCGUAGCCUUUUCCGGUAUCAGGUGGGGAGCACAGGCCCAGCAGCACAGCCAAAAGUCCAUGUGGAUGUGGGGGAGCUGCUGGGGAGUGGAGAUGCAUCACUUAGCCUGCAAGGAGUGAGUGUGGGAGAUGAAGGGACGUACAUCUGUUUGGUGUCCACCCCGCUGCACCAGAGCCAGCACAUCAUCCAGCUGCGUGUGGCUGAGCCUCCAAGAGUUUGUGUCAUUCCAGCAGUGGUGUCAUUCGAGAGAGACAUGAUGGCUACUCUGAGCUGCAAAAUUUACCCCCUGGAUGUCUUGGUGAGCUGGACACAGAAGACUCCUGAAGAUGACAUGGAAAUCCCUCUCUCAAAUGCACGUUUCUCCAGCGACCAGCAAAGCCAAGAUGGCACCUACAGCAUCACCUCCUACCUCAGCAUCAGCUCAGCCACAGCACGGGCACCAGCCACCUAUAGCUGCCAUGUUUCACACAUGGCCCUAGCAGAGCCCAUCUCUGUGAGUGCCCAUCUUAAGGCACCAGAGCAAACGGGAUCAGAAGGACUGGCGGGAGUUUUCAUUGCUACUGUCAUUUUCAUCGUUGUCCUCUUCAUUGUGCUCAGGAGAAGAACAGCAAAACCAACCUCUUAGGGCUUCAGAAUAGAAGAAACCCUUGUGUCACCCACCUGCAUUCCUUUGUCUCCCGUCUGUUGACACAUCCUGCUCAGGAGAACCAGCCCUGUCCAAAUAUUAAUAAAUGGAGCUAUUGGUCAGUAUGGAAGGAGUAGGGCUGCCUGUGAUGGAGUUGUUGAGUGACUGUUCAGAGGUGGACUCACCAAAAAACAUGUCUUUAUCUUGGGAGGGCAACACUGAUAACAUCAGCUCUUUGCUGGGAUACUCCAUUAGAGGCAACAUGC